GUGAUACCUACCAGCGUGAAUGCCGCAAUUAGUUUCCUUCUAUGACCUUGUUAGAAGAUAUAUAGAUUUAGAGAAAAUGAAAUGUUUUCAUUCUUGAAGGAUAAAUUAGUCCUCGCUGCAACACAAGACGGAUCCAGAAUUGAGAAAGGAGAAGACGCUUUAAACGUAUCUAUUGAUAGAGUAGUAGAAGAAUUGAAGGAGAAUAUUUACGAUCAGAUCAGGACCAUUCGGGACCCAGAAAAGGAUAAUAAUCUUGAGGAGCUGAACGUAGUUGACGAGAAUCUGAUCACUGUUUACCCGUUCGGGUGUUCAGGAGAUAAGUUCGUGGCGAACAUUGAGUUUGUACCGACUGUUCAGCACUGUUCGUUAGCUCCGUUAAUAGGAACGUGUAUCUGCUGCACUUGAAAACCCUAAUCUACGUGAAACUGUUGAAAUGUGUAUAAAG